AUGGAACCCGAGCAUUAUUUUCCUUCUCCUUCUCUCUCCUUAACCAGGUGGUGGACGAAGGAGACAGUGGCGGUGGUUACGGGAGGGAACAAGGGGAUAGGGUUUGCAUUGGUGAAGCGUUUUGCGGAACUUGGAGUGAGUGUGGUGCUAACUGCUAGGAACAAGGAAAGAGGGGAAGCUGCGGUGGAGACACUGAGAGAAGAAGGGGUUGGUGAUUACCUUCACUUUCUACUCCUCGAUGUCUCUGAUCCCCUUUCUGUCUCAACCUUCGCCUCCUCAUUCAAAGCCAAGUUCGGACCCACCUUGGACAUUCUUGUGAACAAUGCGGGGGUGUCGUACAAUGAGCUAGAGGAAAACUCGGUGGAGCACGCGGAAAUUGUGAUGAAGACCAACUUCUACGGUCCCAAGUUGCUCAUUCAGGCUCUUCUCCCUCUCUUUCGUUGCUCUUCUUCCAUCACUCGUGUUCUCAACGUUAGCUCAAGGCUUGGCUCCCUCAAUAAGGUGAGAAACGCAGGGAUAAGAGCAGUGCUGGAGCGCGAGGAGUUGAUGGAGGAGGGGAUAGAGGGAGUGGUGGGUCUGUUCCUUAGUGACGUGAGGAAGGGAAGGUGGAAGAAGGAAGGGUGGCCGUUGUACUGGACGGAAUACGCGAUGUCGAAGGUGGCUCUGAACGCGUAUUCGAGAGUGUUGGCAAAGAGAUAUUCGUACGAGGGAAGUGGGUUGAGUGUGAACUGUUUUUGUCCUGGUUUCACUCAAACCUCCAUGACCAAGGGCAAGGGCACCCACACCGCCGAGGCUGCCGCCGCCGUCGCAGCCACCCUUGCCUUGCUUCCGCCACAUCUCUUGCCCACCGGGAAGUUCUUUUCCCUUGGAAGAACCGCCAACUCCCUCAACGCUACGUCUAAACUAUGA